UACGGCAGCUGUAUCCUUACGGCUGCUAUAACAAAAGCAUGGGUGAGGCGGUUAGAGAUCUUCAUCAAAUUUUGAGCAAAAAGAAAAUGGCGCAGUGUGUGGAGAGAGAGAGAGAGAGAAAGAGAGAGAUGCAAGUACUUGGUGAAAUCGGAGAGGGGAUAGGGAGUGGCUUUCUUCUUCUUCCCUCAUCCAAGUAAAAAUCGAAGAGGACCGAUCCGUUCUCUUCCGUUUGUCCAUUUGACUGAGAUAGCAGGGAGGAUGGCGUGGGUUGCUUUAGUUCCUUCCAAACAAAUUCGUUAGAGAGUACCAGAGAGAGCAUGAGAGGCUUCGGUCCCUUCAGUGGCGGGAGCAACAUGGGCAUUUGUUGCAUCCAGGCGAAAGCUCAGUGGUUGCAAGGCCACAACUAGCGUAGAAGUUGAUGUGGCUACUUCCUCUCUCUGAGUGCCUCUAGGAGGUGAGAGCUGCAGUUAUUUCUCUUAUUUGUACUUUCUGCUCCUUCAGAAACUGAGAUUCAUAUUUUACCUUGAUCAAAAAAGGAAUAGUUUGUGGACUGAAAUUCUAAAUUUACACCAUUAUGCCCUAGCCGCCCUCAGCUCUUCCGCUCCCUCCUUUCGCCCCUUCACACCGGCGUUUCUUCCCCGGCUCUGCCGGCGGGAGAAUCUCAUCAUGGAGUCUUCUACCCAUCAUUUUCCUCCAUUAUCCUGUUCCUCUCUUAAAUCUAUUCAUGUUAACCCUCUUCAAGAUUGGUCCAAUAUUGUGAAUCUCGUCAGUUUUUCCUCCAAGGAUAUCCCGGUUUCAUUGUACAAUGAACCUGAUGAGGUUGUUGUUUUUCCUAAAGCCAAAACAGAUGUUGCUUCGGAAGAAUGGAGUCUUGCUCUGGUGGGCUAUUCGGUAGGUCGUCGACCUUAUUACGAAGCUUUACUUGCUGCCAUUAAAAAAGCUUGGAAACUUCAAGGUUGCUCAAAUUCCUCUCCCGGUCCGGAUGGUUUCAACUUUCAUUUCUACAAAACUGGUUGGCACAUUAUUGGUCCGCACCUUUGCAGAGCUAUUCAAUCUUUUUCCCUGAAAGGUUACAUCACCAGAAGUGUUAAGAAUACCGCUAUUGCUUUAAUUCCAAAAAGUAACCAUGCUGAAUCUAUUUUGGAUUUUAGACCAAUUUCUCUUUGUAACACAUUGUACAAAAUUAUUACUAAAAUUCUGGCGGCUAGGCUUAAACAUAUUAUGCCUCAAAUCAUUAAUACCUCUCAAGCUGGCUUUAUCAACAAGAGGAUUUCUACUGACAAUGUGAUCCUUGGAUCCGAAAUUUUGGGGUUCUUCAAGAGGUGUGGGAGAUCUAAUUAUAUGUGUGCUAAGCUCGACAUUAAAAAAGCCUUUGAUUCUGUGUCCAGAGAGUUCAUUCUUCUAAGGCUUGCACAGAAAGGCAUUCCUCAAGAGUUUAUUGGGUGGAUCAAGUCUUGUAUUAUGGAUGUUAACUUUUCCAUUUGCUUAGAUGGAGCUUUGGAAGGAUUCAUUCCCUCCUCUUCUGGUCUUCGGCAGGGUUGCCCUUUGAGCCCUUAUUUAUUUUGCUUUGCAAUGGAUGCUUUUUCCAACCUUUUGGAUUCUUCCCUUGACGGAGAUGUUUUUGAGCCUUUUAAAAUUGGGGACUUUAAAAUCUCUCACCUCCUUUAUGCGGAUGAUGUCUUGGUUUUUGGCAAGGCUAAUGUUAACAACUGCAACACUCUUACCAACUUGCUUAGCAAAUUUGCUUCCUCCUCCGGGUUGGUUGUCAAUACUCAUAAAAGCACCCUCAUCAUGCAUCCUAACACGCCGAAUUCCAAUGAUAUAUGUGCUGCUCUCAACAUUCCUCAAUCUCACACUAAAAUCACCUAUCUUGGGAUUCCCAUUUCUAUCAAAAAGCCUUCCAUCAUCGAUUUCUCCCCUCUCAUAGAUGUUAUUUCUAACAAGCUUUCUGGUUGGAAAGCCAAGCUACUUUCUUUUGCAGGUAGACUUCAAUUCCUUCGAUAUACUAUAUGGAACACCAUUGCAUAUUGGAUUCGUGGAGCCAUAAUACCUAAGAGUUGUUGCAAGCAGAUUGACAAGUUGGCUUCUAGAUUCUUAUAUUCUGGGGAUGCUAAUGCCAAGAAGCUACACCUUAUAUCUUGGAGAAAUACCUAUAAACCUAAAGUGGCUGGAGGUUUGGGUGUACCUUCUCUUAAUGCUAUUCGCUUUGCUAAUUCCUGCUCCAUCAUUUCUAGGAUGUACAAUUUUCCAUCCCUGUUAGCUAAUUGGUUUUUUCAUAAUUAUUUCUCUCCCUGGAAACCGGCUGGUUGUUUGGAUUCACCCAUGUGGAAACAGAUUUGUGACACUGCUUUAAAAGUCAAAAGAAACUUUGCUUUCAAAAUUACUGUUGGUUCACCCAUUUCAUUAAUGUGGGAUCAUUGGUGCUGGGGGGAUUGUUUAUCCAGUCUUCCCCAUGUCUCUGGCUUGAAGGACUUAUUUCCCCUAAACUCUAACAUUUCGGUUAUUAUGGAUGGUACUGUAUGGCAAAUCCCUUCCUUUAUAUCUGAUCCUAUCCUUUCUCGGAUCCUCUCUAUUCUAAUUCACCAGGAUGGUGCAGUUCUAUAUUGGAACAAUGGCAAAAUUGGUAGAUAUAGUGAUUUUUUAAGUGAAUUUUACUCUAAUGAUACUGUUGUUGGUUGGCACAAGGUUCUUUGGCAUAAGCGAGCUGCAUUAAGAUUUUCUGUUUUUGGUUGGUUAAGUUUGGUUGGUGGACUUAAAACGGCGGACGUGUUGAUCAAGCGAUGCAUUUCUGUGAAUCCUAUUUGCUGUCUGUGUUACUCUAAUGUUGAGAAUGUAUCACAUUUGUACUUUGAAUGUGAUUAUACCCAUGCAAUUAUUGCUAAACUAAUUCCCGCUUUAAAUACCUUUUUACUGAGACCUAACCUACACCAAAUCGUUGAUUUCCUGGCUGAUGGGAAUUUUAUUUUGCUGGGUAAGCGUACUUUCUACCCUCUGCUUCUGUGGUGCACUGUGUACUAUAUUUGGAGGGAGAGGAAUUCAAGAAAAUUUGGGAACAAAUUUUGUAGCAGUACCACUACUCAUCACUUAAUUAUCAAGGCUGUUUCUCAAAAAAUUAAAUCCUGGAAGGAUGGCGAUAUUUACAAGGAUAUUCUUAAGCGAAUGCAUUAA